AUGCUGCCACCAGGUACCUCAGGGGUAAGGCUGCCCUCCCAAGCCCUGUGGGCAGGUCCUCUGCAGAGAACCCUGGGGCGAUGGCAAGCUAAAGCAGCAAGACCAAGCCUUGCAGCUGUGAGGUUCAACCUUUUGCCUCGUUGCAUCCGAGAGAGCAAGACGGGUCACCAGCAGCUGUACUGGAGCCAUCCGAGGAAAUUUGGCCAGGGUUCUCGUUCUUGCCGCGUCUGCUCAAACCGGCACGGUCUGAUCCGGAAAUACGGCCUCAAUAUGUGCCGCCAGUGUUUCCGUCAGUACGCGAAGGAUAUAGGCUUCAUUAAGUUGGAUUAAGUGAAUUUCCUUGUAUUGGUCAUCCAAGAUA